GUCAGUCUGUUUGUAAUCCUCCAGUGGAGAGGUCGUCGACUAGGCUUCGCGUGUGAACAGUCAACAAACCUUACACGCAACCAUUUCGAUACCGGGAACUUUAAUAUUCCAAAAUGUGACAGAACACCCCAUGUUUAUGUUGCUAGUCAGGUGUAAAACUGCGUAAGAAGGAUAGGAGGCAUGGUCUAAUAGACCAGAUGAGCAGUUUCAGUGUUGGCGGUUUAGAAAGACUACGAAAAUUGCUUCCCACGGCAGUCCGGCGCGAGCGUACAUCGCCUACCACAAACUUGGCGCUGGCAUGGAGGCGCAGACAGCCACACCGCAGGGCGAUUGCGAAUGUGGCGUCCAUCCUUCGGUCUUCUACCUUCUGGCGACGCUACUACUUACCAGUUGUUCAACGGCGAUGUUAUGCGCAGCUAUCAUGACCGAACACUGGGAACAUGUGUCGUGGGAACGAAGCGCACUUACGGCUUUGGCGAAUGCCUCCAACACAGCCUUACAGUGGCUGAUCGAUGAGAAAGUUGUUAAGGUAGAAGACACGAGUAAGAAAAAAGGCGGAGGAACAUUCUUAGUACCAAUGAAUGGUGGCAUUUGGAAGAUGUGCGUGUCUUUGGAAGAGGAAGAAGUAUCAUUACUGACGAAUGCCGGUUUCCCGACAGAGCCGCUGUGCACAAAUUAUUUAGCAGACGACGAAUCUGAGGAGCCGCGGGCUGAUUGGCAGCAUAGAAUGCAGAAUCUGUCAAUAUCAUGCGCGUUAGUCUGUCUGAUAGUAUUAGGUAGUGCUGCGCUGGUUGGAGCUUUCGGAGUUUGUAAGCAUCAGAUCAGCGCUGUGCUCAUCACUGGUGUUAUGUAUCUUUUAGCGGGUUUAUUUGCAAUGUUCACACUUAUGAUAAUACACUUCAAGCGUGUACAAAGAGUAUCGACACGGGGAAGUCCACACGUAGACGAUACAGCGGACGGUUUAAUUGGUCCACGUGGCCCCGCUCUCCCCUUAUUAUCCGCGAGGGAAUUCACUACAUCCUGGUCGUUAGAACUAGGUUGGGCGGGCGUAGUACUAGCCACGACUACUUCUUUACUCUGGAUUCUGCUGUCUAAGAUUAUGAGAUAUAAUCCACUGUCAAGCAUGCUGAUGUAAGCUUUGAGUGACGCACUUUGGACUUUGUACACCGAGAGUUAUAAUUAAUAUGAUACCUUAAUUUUGAUUUUUCAAUUGCAUGCGGAUUCGAUCAAAUCCAUAACUUUACUCUCUCGUUUUAUUCAUAGAAUAUAUACACUUUAUUUUUAUUUAGUUUUUUUUGGUUUUAUUUGGUUUAUUUUGGUUUGAAAAAUUCAUUAUUCUAAUUUUAAAAAUCCGACGAAAUGCUUUCCUAGACAAGAUGGGGUGCCAUGCUUAUGCUUAAACACGUGAACGUCAAGAUUUUUACGUGUUAGUUAAUAAUAAUAAAAGCCUAAUAUUUCUAUUAUCUCAUUCUUUCUAGAU